CUGUCGGUCGCGGCACCGCCGCUGAAGUCUGUGCGGUGCUCUCCAGUUAGGCUGCUGCCGCAACGCGACGCAACAUGGCCGACCAGGGGCCGCCGCCGGUGGGCUCGUUGCGCGGCCUCAAGGCCGAGUUGUCGCCGGACGAGCCGCAGGGCAAGGCGCCGCUCGCCACCUUCGAGGGCGAGCUGAACGUGCGGCUGCGCGAGCCGGACGAGGUGCUCGUCCGACCCGCCGUCCGCCGCCGGACGUCCAACUCGCGGGACAGGGCCGCCAGCAAGGAGGCCCGCAGGAGAAAUCGCCUAGCAGCAAUCCAGAAAUUAGAGCAGGAGGACGAGGAAGCUGCUGCUGCCGCUGCAGCAGCUGAUCGAAGGCAUUCGGCGACUUGUUCAGAUGACUUUAUCAGAGAGGAAGAGGAAAAGGAGGAUGAGGGUACCGAAAAAAAGGACGAAGAAAAAGCCGAAGAGGACGAGGAAGAUAAACCGGGCUUCUUUGACAGCUACUUUGAGCUCCUUUUCGAGGUCAAAAACGCUUGGCCGCAAUUUAAGGAAGAACACGAUGAGGAUUGGAAACUGAUCAGAAUCGAGGCUAACAGAUGCUUCUGCUCAUUCGUGAUCCUAUUCCUGUUCUGCGGCUUCGGUGGCUUCAUCUUCCGCUUCACCGAGAGCACCUUCGAGCAGUUCUACAAGUGCGGUGUCAAGCGGGUCAAACGCGACUUCAUCGAGGGGCUGUGGGUCAAGAGUCAGCAGAUGCGCGAGGAGGAGUGGAAGUCGAUGGCGCGUAGGAAGCUCUGGGAGUUCGAGGACCAGCUGCAGGCCGCCUUCGACGCCGGCAUUAACUCUUACUCGGGCCAGAAGUCGUGGAGCUUCCUCAACGCGGUCGUUUACUGCAUUACCAUCGUCACCACCAUCGGCUAUGGUCACAUCACUCCUUCAACAAACACCGGAAAGGCGGUUACGAUUAUUUACGCCAUCUUCGGCAUCCCACUGUUUUUGAUCCUGUUGGCCGACUUUGGCAAGAUGUUCACCAGGGCCAUGAAAUUUUUAUGGGCCUUUGUGCGCAGGCUGUACUACACCGGCAGCUGCAGGAAGGUCAGACACACCGCGCCUGUUCAGGAGGUGAUGAAGGGUGUCCAGAUGGUCUACGACAUAGCUCGAUUCCAGAAGAAACCUGGCGAGACGAACGGCCACGGUGCUGCCGCCGACCCUGAAGUGGCCGGCGCCCAGUUGCAGGAGUUGCUGACGGUGCCGGGGGUGGGACCUGAGCCGCCCACGCCCGCCCCCAGCAACUUUGACAUAGAUGACGAGUUCAACCUGCCCAUCUCGGUUGCGUUCGUCAUCCUGGUCAUCUACAUCCUGGUCGGGGCCACGCUCUACUGCAUGUGGGAGGAUUGGACCUUCUUUGAAGCCUUCUACUUUGUAUUUAUUUCCAUGUCAACCAUUGGCUUCGGAGACUACGUGCCCAAACAUCCAAUGUUUAUGAUGGGCUCGAUCGUUUACCUGGUGUUUGGACUGGCUUUGACUUCGAUGUGCAUCAACGUAGUACAGUUGAAGUUGUCGGACUCGUUCAGACAGGCCAGUUCGAAAAUCGGAGCCUCGUUUGGGCUGAGGCUGGCCGCCGCGGCCGCCGAGGAGGAGGCGCGGACCACGCCAGGCCAGGUGGAGCUUGCCGAGGUGCAUCACGCGACGGCCAAGAAGGCCAGCGAGGAGAAUUUGGAUGGUCUCAGCAUGGAGACGCAGUGAUAAAUCACUUUGAAACAGACUGAGUGUGUCAGUGAGUGUGUUUCUGAUCAAAAAAAGAAGCUUAUUGCGAAUCUCAUCUGUUCCGCUGAAGCACAUAAUUGUUUUGGAACUAUACAUAUAUUUAAAGAGAUUAUAUAAUUGAAAUCGUCAAGCUGGUAAGUGCCUAUUUUGCCGAGUGUGAUCGCUCUCUUGAGGGGAAUAUAGUAUUAUUUUUACCAUCUCACAAAGUGCUGAUUUAAAAAAUUGUAUGGUGCGCUUUCUUCAAAGCAAAUAAAGAGAAAUAAUGAUUUUUAAA